CUAUGCCCAGGAAGGACCCCGAGUGACGUUUUAUUGCAGGGCCGCCGCAGUUCUACAAAAGGGACGAGAAGACGCCAACAUUUCUUGAAAUAUUCCUUUUAACCUUUUAGAGCCAUGCCCAAAGUAAAGAGAAGCAGGAAGCCGCCGCCGGACGGCUGGGAGCUCAUCGAGCCGACCUUGGACGAGUUGGACCAGAAGAUGAGAGAAGCUGAGACGGAGCCGCACGAGGGCAAGCGGAAGGUGGAGUCGCUGUGGCCGAUCUUCCGGCUGCAUCACCAGCGGAGCAGAUACAUCUUCGACCUCUUCUACAAGCGGAAGGCCAUCAGCCGGGAGCUGUAUGAGUACUGCAUAAAGGAGGGCUAUGCAGACAAGAAUCUGAUCGCCAAGUGGAAGAAACAGGGCUACGAGAACCUGUGCUGCCUGCGUUGCAUCCAGACCAGAGACACAAACUUUGGAACCAACUGCAUCUGUAGAGUCCCCAAGAGCAAGCUGGAAGUGGGGAGGAUCAUCGAGUGCACUCACUGCGGCUGCAGAGGCUGCUCCGGUUGAGCCCGCCACCUUCUGGUUCCUCCUUUUUGUUUUUUCAUCGAUGGGACAUCAGGGCUCGCCCCGCCCCCUCCUGUGUGCUCUUACAACGCUGGAGCGAGCUGGAAUUGGUGGAAAGUGGCCUGGUGCAGAAACCCCCUAGACCCCCCCCCCCCCCCGCCAUUAACCCCAACCAUCCCAUAAUGACCUCCAGUUAGACUGAUUCAGACACGAGGCUGAGCCCAUGAAUCUGAAGCCCAUCGCUGACAGGGUGGAACCCGGUUGGCGUUCCGGUAGAAACCCGGACGCCACCGUCUUACAUCGUGCCGUGCGUGUUGAUUCAGAGUCGGGUGAACGCGGGGAUCUCUGAGUUGCUGCUUCUGUUUCUUCUGACGGCGGCAGCAGCUUUCAAAAUUAAAACAGUCGAUGGGGGAUUCUGUCCAGAUGGAUUAAGUUGCUUUUGGACCAGACUCGUCAUUCCAGUCAGGAAACACUGUGACGUCAUCAGGGCAUUUUAUUAUGUUUCAUUUGAGGGGGGGGUGGGGGGUUAGUUUGUUUUGUGGUUGCCUGUUUCUUUUUUCGUUAUCCUUGUAACAAUUUUAAAUAAAAAAAAUGCUUACUUUCCAGUUUUGA